GGGGGAGGGUGUGCAGCCGGCGGCCUCUGCCCGCCCUGCGCCUGCGCGGCGGCGGUGCUGUCAGUUCCGGCUGUUUGUUCGGGAAGUGGAUCCGGCCCGCAGCCGCCGCCGCCCCCUCCCCCCCCUCCCCUCGAUCCGCUGCUCGCGGCCGCUCCCGCCGCCCCGGCCAUGGCCAGGGACUACGAUCACCUCUUCAAACUGCUCAUCAUCGGCGACAGCGGUGUGGGCAAGAGCAGUUUGCUGUUGCGUUUUGCAGAUAAUACAUUCUCAGGCAGCUACAUUACCACAAUUGGAGUGGAUUUUAAAAUCCGGACAGUUGAGAUCAAUGGAGAGAAGGUGAAGCUACAGAUCUGGGACACAGCUGGACAGGAACGCUUCCGGACUAUUACAUCAACGUAUUACAGAGGAACACAUGGGGUCAUUGUUGUCUACGAUGUAACCAGUGCAGAAUCUUUUGUGAAUGUAAAACGAUGGUUGCAUGAAAUUAAUCAAAAUUGUGAUGAUGUCUGCCGGAUACUAGUGGGGAAUAAGAAUGAUGACCCAGAGCGAAAAGUGGUAGAAACAGAAGAUGCCUAUAAAUUUGCUGGGCAGAUGGAGAUCCAAUUGUUUGAGACCAGCGCCAAAGAAAAUAUUAAUGUGGAAGAGAUGUUUAAUUGCAUUACAGAGCUAGUCCUGCGAGCGAAGAAAGAAAACUUAGCAAAGCAGCAACAGCAGCAACAGAAUGAUGUGGUGAAGCUAACGAAGAACAGUAAAAGGAAGAAGCGGUGCUGCUAAUGCCCUUUCCCUGCUGCAGAGACUCUGCUCUCAGACAGAUCAGCCCCUCCAGCUAGACUCGGGCAAUUCCACUGGGGCAGGCUUUGGGAGGACUUUCUCAGUUUUGUGCCGUUAUUUAAAGAUUAUUUUUUUUCUCCAUGUUUUCUAUCAAGAGGCGCUGGCACCUUACAACUUCAGUGCCAAGAAGGUAUCGGAUGGAAUCUUGCCCCCUCUCCUCCCCUGCUCAUUCCAGUGCGCCUUGUAGACAAGAAGGACAUUGCCUACCAAGUGGACUAAUUAACCCAAGAGUUUGUAUAUAAUGUAUAUUGCUUUAACCAGCCUCGCCUCCCUGUUGUCGCUUUGGCUUAUGCCUUCUUAAUGUCAACCAAUCAUGGAUUGCAGAGUUCAUCUUUUUAAAGAAAAUAGUACAAAGUUCUUAGUUUGAGUUGGCCCCAGGUUGGCAGUAACUGCUUCCUGGGGCUUCUAGCUUCAUUUCUGUCAAGCUCCAGGCUGGCAACUGGUGCCCCUGGGGCCUAUGGCUUCAUCUGGAGCUUCAGGCUUUUACUGGGGCUCUGGCUUUGUUUUUCUAGGUACCAGGAUUGCAGGUGCUGCUGCUGGAGCCUGGAGUUUCACUUCACCAGCCUCUGGGCUGGCAGCUGGUGCUGCUGCUGGGGCCUUGAAAUUCAGUUUGCCAUGAUCCAGAUUUGUGGCUGGGUCGUUUGGUUUCAUCUUCUUGUGCUGCAGCCCAGCUGUUUCUGUGCUCUCCUUCAGUUUGUAUCAAGAUACUGAAAAACAAACCGACCUGCAGAAGUGGAAUUUAUUUGGAUAAACCUCUUUUUUCUUUUUUUUCUUUUUUUUUUUUUCAGAAAAGCCAGCAAAGUUUAACUCCUUUGACCUCUGCUUCUGGUUCUGCCAGGCUCUUAAGUGAGGGUCCAUUUCUUUUGAGAACAACAAAAAACAUGUGAUUCUGCCAAAAACCCCCAAACUUCUCUUUGCCCUGUCCACAAAUAGGCGAUCUGAACUUGAAUGUGAAUUUUGGUGGCAAAGCUUUUGUUUUUGAGAGAGAAAAGGCAUGAAAAUAAAUCCAGCUGUUCUGGAUUGAUGUCUGAAUAUGAAAGCUGCUGCAGGAUCAUUCCCAGGAUUCUUCUGUUAGAAAGGAGGACUGCUGUUCUGUGGAAAGAAAUGGAAAGCUUGCUUGGUUGGGUUGUGGUGGUGGAGGAUCACCCUUUGAACCAAACUGGCUUGUGAUGUUCAGCAACAUUUUCCUGGCCCUUAUUUGCUUUUAUGGGAAAACGAGGGCUCAGUUCAUCAAACUGAUUAGGUGUAGUUAAAGGUGGAGAGUGUGUGUGCGUGUAACAAAAAUAUCAAAUAUCUGAGCUGAAAGUACAUGCUCAGCACCUGAAUAAUUGCCUAUAUAAUACUAAAUUUUUCCUUAAAAUGACUAAAAGGCAUGGAGGGUAUGACUUCCUUUAAGAUCUUGAGGGUGGACGUACAGUUUGUCACUGAGUGGCCCUGUGGAAAUGUUGGCCUUAGUUUGGUAGGAUAUGAUUCACCGAUGUCCGUGAGCUUUGAAUCAGCUCACUUCUCUCCCUUCCUCCCCCUCCCCAGGAGAGGCUAAAUUUUAGUCACUUGUUUUGCCUGCAUUUUUUUAGAUUUUUAUGGGUUGUGGUAAGAGCCCUGAUAAUACAAUCACAUCACAAUCAAUCACUUUAAAGACUUAAAAAAUUGCAAACCAUGAAUGUGUAACACAUUGGGUUUUUAAUCAGUUCAGGUGCUGGGAGUAUGUAUCCAGCUGCCUUCACCCAUCUUUUUUCUUCACAUAUCUUUCAUUGGUAACCCAAGAAUAAGAAUGAGCUGGGAUGAUUUUGCCAGUGUGAUAAUUCUAAGACUCGAGCAGCUAUGGAAGGUGGCAGCUUAAGAGACACCAGUCCAUCCUGUCUGCUUUCUGUGCCCAUGGAAGGAGCUGGGUCAGUCCUCAGAGCCUUCCAGUUGAAAUGAAACUGUCCUGUGAUGGUUACAGAUGAAAGGGCCCAGCUGCAUCACUUUGGGACUCUUGUGGUAGCAUGUGUGCAGAUCUAGGAGGGAGUAACUUCAUAUAGGCAGAAGUAAAGAAAAUGUCUGAAUUUACUGGAAAUGAUGCAAUAAAAUGAGGAACUGGUGCACCCAAGCCUGGAGUGUUCUCUUAUAUGGAAAGAUUGGUCCUCUUUGAGUCCAGGUUUUGUGCCCACAGUUUGAACCCUGCCAGUCCAGGUGUCCAACUGCCUGGCUUGAAGUGGGAUUUUUUUUUUCUUUCUUCUAGAGCUGGCUGUAGAGGAGCAGUUAUCUUUCUGCUCAUGCCACUGACUUUUCAAUUGGAAGGGGUGGGGACACUGUCUCUAGUGGUGCUGAUGUGAAGUUUCCUAAAUGUUGAGCAAUGGAAUGUCUAACUAGUUUGCUAGGAUUAUUUCUGUAAUGAAAGUUUCUAAUUAUGCUUUUUAAAUAAUUUUAAAAAACUAAAAAUAAAGGUUACAAGCUGCCAAA